CAUUAACGGUUUUAAUGAGAGUAAAAUCUCAUCCAGUUUUUCCCAAAAUUUGCAAAGAUUUUUAUCUAAUUUAAUGCAUUACAUUUCAGAUAACCAAUCCUGACAAAAGACCAUUUCGCCAGUAUUUGGUUGUACCUACGUGUGAGCGUUCAAAGUGCAUGAUUUGCUGCAAGAUGAUUCCAACUGCUAGCAUUAUGGCACUAGCUAAUUGUACGCACUCCUUUUGUCACACCUGUCUGAAAGCUAAGAUCCUACCAGAUGCUACUGGUUCCGCGCCGUGUCCUUAUCCUUACAGACGCUACAAAUGUAAAGGAAUCCUGGAGGAUACGGAAAUUGAAGGUAUUCUAGGAAAAAGGAAGGAGGAUCGUAAUUUUACUCAGAGACAACUCGUUGAAGCUAAGGAACCAAACGCAUUAAAGCUCAAAGAUUUGAUUCAGCUAGUAACCCUUACCGAAGCCAGUAUUGUUCCUAAUCCGGAACCAUUCGAAUGUUCGAUUUGCUUGCUGCCCUACGGAACAGACGAGGGUGUUAUUCUUAGAGAAUGCUUUCACAUGUUUUGCAGAGAAUGCUUAGCCGGCUCGAUUAUCAACGCAAAUGACGUAAUUGUAAAAUGUCCGUCAGCAGAGAACUGCGAAAGCGAAAUUCAGGAACGUGAGAUAAAACAACUGCUCAGUGAAGAGGAUUUCAGCAAAUAUCUGGAUAAAAGCCUACGAAAAGCCGAAGCUGCAACGCAGAACUCGUUCCACUGCUUAACACCGAACUGCAUUGGCUGGUGCGAGGUAGCUGGAGAUGCCGGUAUUUUCAUUUGCCAGGUUUGCUACCAGGAAAACUGUUUAGUUUGCAAGGUAAUUCACACAGGUCAAACUUGCCAGGACAACAAACGCCAGCAGGAGCAAGAGCAGCGUAUAGCGGACAAUUUAGUCGCAGAGCAGACAUUGAAGAACCUGGUAGAUUCUGGUCAAGCGAUGCGAUGUCCCACGUGUUUGGCAGUUCUGUCCAAAUCCGAUGGCUGCGACUGGAUGGUUUGCGCUGGGUGUAGUACGGAAAUAUGCUGGGCCACUCGAGGACCACGUUGGGGUCCGAACGGUCCCGGGGACAUCAGCGGUGGCUGUCGCUGCCAGGUUAAUGGAGUUUUAUGUCAUCAGGACUGUCAGUAUUGUCAUUGAGGGGGCAUCACAUUUAAGACAACAAACACCGAAAAAGGCAAACAGUUUUAAUGUAUGCCACGCUAAUAUUUUGGCUGUUGUAACAAAAAGAAAGGAAAAACCACAAAAUAAACAUUACUUUUCAAUAUCAACUA